CCGAAUUGAGCUGUAGCUCACGAAAGCUUAUGCUCAAAUAAAUUUGUUAGUCUCUAAGGUGCCACAAAUACUCCUUUUCUUUAUGUCUUAUGUGGAACUUGUGAUUUCAUGAUGGUUUUUAGUGUAUACUGGACCGUAAAGCCACGGUUGUGGUGCUUGUGUGCACAAGAAGGAAAAACGAAGUUUGUUUAACCUUGUCAGGGAGCCACAGCAGAGCCCUGGUAGGGCCAAAACCAUACUUCACAAUUGUAUUUAAACAUGGAGAUUUUAAUAGUGUAAAGAGGGUCUGAAUGGAGGGAAGGAGUUAAACAUACUCAAGAAAAUAGUGUGCACAAACAAAUAUCAAGAAAAACAAGGUCUUAAGGGAUGGAAGGAAUUUUCUACACUUAGUAAUUAAUCUGUGAAGAAACUACCCAAAGGCACCAACCAAACUGUAAUCAAGCAAUCACAAGAAAUUGAUAGGUAUUUAAGAAAAAAACAAAAUUGCAGGAUAAGACCGGCUGAUGUACAUAUUCUAGAUUCUGGGCACUCUCACUAGCAAUAUAGUGUAAUGGUGUUUUUUUUUAAACUGGUGAAAAGGGGAUGGUAGACAAUUCCUAUAACCUGCUAAUGGGGGAAAAUAUCCAAGACACUAUUAAUGGAUUACUAUACUUGGAGGCAUACAUUUAUUAAACAGACUAAAGGUCCUUCCUGAGAACUUGGUGGAAGUUCAUCAUGCCUCGUCUGUUUGCAGACAGACAGGACGGUACGCUCUGAGAAUACAUACGUUGAGAUUUUCUUGCUGCAAUUUCUUCUUUAUUUCUUUUGAAACUGUUGCUCUCUAUUCUAUUGCAUUCUCCACUGAAGGUGAUGCUUGGAGCUGCAGAAGCUUGAGCCACAAGAAAGUAUGUAUUCUAUUGAGGAGGUGGUGGAUACAUUUUUUUUUUCUCCACUUCUGCCUGUGCCCCUUGAUUAUCUUUUUUUUUUUUUUUUUGAUGUAUGUCCGUGGAUUUAGCAUCCUGUUAUGUUUUCUUUCACCCUUCACUGCAGGCAAUUUGGGAGGCUCCCUGUUUCUUUUUUCUGCCUGUUUCUUUUGAAGUCUAUUAAUCCCCUUCUGGUGUUCUUGCAAACAGAGUCUGGAUGUUCCUUGAAUUUUGGCAAACACAAGCCAUGUUUUUAUGACUUAUUUUUUAUUAUUAUUGCUUGGACUCCGUAGUGGAAAAGGGACAAUGAAUAAGAAUGGAGUGGAGUGCCCCAAGGGUCGGUCCUGGGGCCGGUUUUGUUCAAUAUCUUCAUUAAUGAUCUGGAGGAUGGCGUGGAUCGCACCCUCAGCAAGUUUGCCGAUGACACUAAACUGGGAGGAGAGGUAGAUACACUGUAGGGUAGGGAUAGGAUACAGAAGAAUCUAGACAAAUUAGAGGAUUGAGCCAAAAGAAAUCUGAUGAGGUUCAACAAGGAAAAGUGCAGAGUCCUGCACUUAGGACGGAAGAAUCCCGUGCACCGCUACAAACUAGGGACCGAAUGGCUAGGCAGCAGUUCUGCAGAAAAGGACCGUGGGGUUACAGUGGACGAGAAGCUGGAUAUGGGUCAACAGUGUGCCCUUGUUGCCAAGAAGGCCAGUGGCACUUUGGGCUGUAUAAGUUGGGGCAUUGCCAGCAGAUCGAGGGAGGUGAUCGUUCCCCUCUAUUCAACAUUGGUGAGGCCUCAUCUGGAGUACUGUGUCCAGUUUUGGGCCCCACGCUACAAGAUGGUUGUGAAAAAAUUGGAAAACGUCCGGCGGAGGGCAACAAAAAUGAUUAGGGGACUGGAACACAUGACUUAUGAGGAGAGGCUGAGGGAACUGGGAUUGUUUAGUCUGCAGAAGAGAAGAAUGAGGGGGGAUUUGAUAGCUGCUUUCAACUACCUGAGAGGUUCCAAAGAGGAUGGCUCUAGACUGUUCUCAGUGGUAGCAGAUGACAGAACAAGGAGUAAUGGUCUCAAGUUGCAGUGGGGGAGGUUUAGGUUGGAUAUUAGGAAAAACUUUUUCACCAGGAGGGUGGUAAAGCAGUGGAAUGCGUUACUUAGGGACGUGGUGGAAUCUCCUUCCUUCGAAGUUUUUAAGGUCAGGCUUGACAAAGCCCUGGCUGGGAUGAUUUAGUUGGGGAUUGGUCCUGCUUUGAGCAGGGGGUUGGACUAGAUGACCUCCUGCGGUCCCUUCCAACUCUGAUGUUCUAUGAAUGGGAACCAGAACCUGUAAUCUUAUUCAGCAGUUCAGGGUUGGUGCACUGGAGGAGAAUAUUAUACAACUAAAAAUGUGAAUAUUAUGACCUUCCUACCCCCCUCCCCAAAACAUGUAUGUAAUUCUGAAACUCCAGGUACAUGAUUUUGUUUUUAAUAUUUUAAGUCAGCUUUUGAGUAUAUGUUCUGUUCUAGUGUUUUUACAUUGAUAUCUUUGCAAAGAAGUUGUCUUAUUUUUAUGACUUUAAGUUGUUUUAUGUUUAACAGCCUUAGCGCUUAUAAUGAUGUUAAGUGUCUUCUGUUGCUCAUCUUCCCCCACCCCAAUUGAGUUUUAGAACUUGCUAAAAAUUGUUGAAGAAGAUGGGAGGUGCAGUGAGUGCAGGAGAAGAUAAUGAUGAAUUAAUUGAUAACCUGAAAGAAGCGCAGUAUAUCCGGACAGAGCUGGUGGAGCAGGCAUUCCGUGCCAUUGAUCGAGCAGACUACUAUCUUGAUGAUUUUAAGGACAAUGCUUACAAAGACCUGGCGUGGAAACAUGGAAAUUUUCAUCUCUCUGCACCGUGCAUUUACUCAGAGGUGAUGGAAGCUCUGGAUCUACAGCCGGGACUGUCAUUCUUGAAUCUGGGCAGUGGCACCGGUUACCUGAGUUCUAUGGUCGGACUCAUCUUGGGUCCUUUUGGUGUUAACCAUGGUGUGGAGCUUCACUCUGAUGUUAUAGAGUAUGCAAAGCAGAAAUUGGACUUCUUCAUCAGAACAAGUGACAGCUUUGACAAAUUUGAAUUCUGUGAGCCCUCCUUUGUUACUGGCAAUUGUUUAGAGAUCUCUCCAGAUUCUACUCAGUAUGACCGUGUUUACUGUGGUGCUGGGGUACAGAAAGAACAUGAGGACUACAUGAAGAGUCUGCUGAAAGUUGGGGGAAUUCUCGUCAUGCCACUCGAGGAAAAGCUGACAAAGAUAACACGCACUGGUCCUGCUGCCUGGGAAACCAAGAAGAUCCUUGCUGUUUCUUUUGCUCCUCUGAUUCAACCCAUUCAUGCAGAUUCAGGGAAAUCGAGACUUGUUCACUUGCCACCAAUAAGUGUCCGCAGCCUACAGGAUCUGGCUCGCAUUGCCAUCCGAGGAACUAUUAAAAGGAUAAUACAUCAAGAAACAAUGAGCAAAAAUGGAAAUGGUCUGAAAAACCCUCCAAGGUUUAAACGAAGACGUGUUCGCCGCCGUCGCAUGGAAACCAUUGUCUUCUUGGAUAAAGAAGUCUUUGCCAGUCGUAUCUCAAACCCCUCAGAUGAUAACAACAACUGUGAGGAGAUUGAGGAGGAGAGGAGAGAAGAGGAGGAAAAGGGUAUCUCUGAACUGAAGCCAGACCCCCCUGUAAACUUUCUGAGAGAGAAGGUCUUGAGUCUGCCUUUGCCUGAUCCCCUGAAAUAUUACCUGCUUUAUUACAGAGAAAAAUAAGUAUCUUGUUCGUAGAAAGCAGAAAGGUAGACAUAAAAAUAAAAUACUUCUUAGGGCUUGACAAAUGUGUACCACUUGCUUGCCUGUUAACAUGACCACACAUGGCAGUAGGCUGGCUAGCUGGGGAAUGUGGCUGCUGUAUUCUUAAACAUCAUAGCUUUUUUUAAGUUUCCUCUCCUUCUUGGUUGUAUGCUAUAGUUUUAUCCUGCAGCAGUGUUCCCUUUUAAAAAGCAAGCUGAUGAAGUGCUCAGUUGCUUAGAGAGAGAAGGAUAUCAUUCCCUGAAAACUAACUACACAGAGAUGUCUAUUGAAAUCUCUUGGCUGCACUUUCACCAAAUUGCAGUUUUAAAUAUUCUUAGGCAGUGCUCUAAAGACUUCAUUGUCCAUGCUGUCCUACUAACUUUGACACAAAUGGAGUACACAUUUGGUUUCAUUUUUAAACAGAGAUAUUGGUAAAAAUCUGACCUGGUCAACCUUGUUUGUUCCAGUAAUCUGCAAAAACACACAAACGUACGAAAUCAGACUUUGAUAGUAUUUUGAGGUAUCCAGGUUUUGAACACUGAAGCAAAGCACUGGCCACCUUUCAAUUGGUGGGUCUCAGGUUAGCUAUAAACCUUACAUUUUUUUUAGAUUUUGGAGGAGAGGAAUGUUUGGCAGGGAGUUGGUGUUUCCUUCACAGAAAACAGCUUGUUUUGUAAAAUCCAGUCUGAGGUGAGAUGCAAGCUACGUAAGGUUUUAAAAAAAAUAAAUAAGGAGAGCAAAUUUAACUUAGAGUUGCUAAACUGAUCAGCUGACUUUCAAAGAUUGCUAGGGCAAUCAGGUUUGUGGCUGUUUCCUCUCGCACCACUUAUAAAGUAAUUCAGAAAAAAUGGGUGGGAAAAGGACAAACCUAGCAAGGAGUUAAUCUAAGACUGGCGCUGAUAGUGCAAUCAACAGACCUGAUAUGAGUUAAUGUGUGACUGCUGUGCUGGACAUAGUGUAAGGCAGGUAGUCUCAAGCAUUCCUAGCCUGAACUAAAGGAAGUAGCCAGUGUCCUGGGAAAUGAACCAAACUUUGUUUCUCAGAGGUUGCACAGGAAAGUGGAAACAGUCUAGGAAGCCAAAGUGAGUGGUUAUGCUACUGACACAUAAUGCUUAAGUGCCCUGUUUGGGGCUAUGCUGUAGCAAGGAGACUGCAAUGCUGUUCACGUAUACCUUGUCCUUGUAGAUUAGCAGGAACUAGAUUUACAGCCUUACUAGUUCAUUUAAUUUUUGUUAGUUUCUUUAAGUAGCUUGUGUAGAAAGACUUUAUAACCUGCAAUUUCAUGGAGUAUAAAUUCUAAUCUUUAUUCUCAAGUCUUCCUGUAAUGAUGGUAGGAGGAGAUUUAUAUUCAUGUGUUGAGGGGAAGAUUGCUUGAUUAUUUUGGCCUGUUUGAAAAAUCUGUGUACAAUAUUGGGGGCUAGAAGGAAACAAUUGAGGCUGCAUUGAUUUGGAUCACUCAAAGGCUAACUAAAUAAUAACCCUAUCAGUAGAUAAUCCAGCUAUGUUAGAAGGGUAUUUCCUCAUCAGUUGCAGUUGGUGGGCUUGAUCUUGAUCUCAUUUGUAUGGUCUCCUUAACUUGCUAAGAGGAGUGAAUGAAGUUUGUCUUGCCAAAAUACAUUAACCUGGACUUCGUUACAUGGUACUGAAUCACACAAUUUGCAUUGACUGAGUUGUGUGUUUUAAAUCUUGUGCAACACUUCGAAAAUGUAGGAAUUAGUCUAAAAUGUCUAAGCAAUGCUUUUAUGCUCGCUCCCUUUUUAAAAGUCUCCAAAUACCCACUCUGUACUUGUGACAACUAACGUCUUUUUCUAUAAAAUACAAUGUAUGGAUGACCAAUAAAAUCCCUAUGAACUGCAUUUUUUGUGACCUCCGAGGAUAUUAUUUUUAACUGUUAAACAUUCGUAUUCCAUGUUUGUAAUUGAUAUAUGCCUUUCUCUCCAGCGGCAUGACAAUUCCUCACCCUUCGAGCAGCCUCUUGGUUUGGGCUACUAAGUCCCCCUCCUAUUUAUUAAUUGCAGGCCUUUCUACAGAUACCGUUUAGAAGUCUGUUAUUUUUAAAAUGGUCAAUAACAACUUGAAGUGGAUAUUUAUAUGAAUAAUCCUAUCUGUUGCUUCUGUUACUUUAUCUUUGCAUUUGGCACUGUUUGAUGUUUUUUCCUGUAACUAUAAAAGAUAUUUUGUCAGAUUUUCACCAGAUUUGCCUUUUUUAUUACAUUUGCUAGAUUUUGUAGGGCUCUUUAAAAUGCAUAAAAAAUAUUUUUCCUGUGUAUGCCUGAAUACAGUAAGUAAAUACACAAGCAGUUUGGGUUCUAGGUUGUCAGUGUCCCAUUGUCACAAUGAAAAACAUGGUAGAAAGUCUAUAUGUAUAAUAUAACUGUGAAAUAGUGUAGUUUAUAGCCUGUAAAUAAAGGGGACUUGUAAAUAUGAUUUUCCCUGUGCACAAGCACUUGCACUGUAGUUUAGUACAGUAGAUUUGUGUGUUUACUAGAUUAACUGUAGCAUACUGUUUUUUUGUAUAGUCUAUAAAUUUUAUGGAAAUAUUACCUGCUUUUCUGAUGACUAUUUUUGUUUUCCAGAUAGUCAGCAUUUUAAAUGUCAUGUGACUUCUUUGUAGAUUUUGAUAGAAUAGUAAGUACAUAAGGAAACAAGCUUCAAACUGUUGAAAUCUUAAGUAUGCAAGUUGAAAAAUAAGUGUGUAAAGCAAUUUUUAUUGUCAUUUCUAAUCUCAUGAGGCAUGCAAAAAUGUCAAGCAAUUGAAAACAAAUUUUAUUAAAGUGAGUGUUUCUAUAUCAA